CAGGUGUUUUAUGUUCGCGGUGCAGCUACAUUUUGUAGUUUAAACAACUUGCGCUGUCGAUGGUAAACAAUCGGGAUUUGCUGAGACGGGAAUGGUUCCGCUGUUGUUUCGAUCGGACCAUUAUCAGCGACGAACCACACGUUCAAGUUGCAACAAAAAAAAAAAUCCAAAUCGCGUAUUUUAAACAAUUGCAGCAGCUAAUAUUUAAUAUUUGGCCAAGACAUGGCGGAACAACCGAUAAGAGUCUUGGCGUGUGGAGAUGUGGAGGGCAGGCUGACCGCGCUGUUCAAUCGAGUCCAGACCAUCCAGAAGAAGGCCGGACCGUUCGAUCUGCUGCUGUGUGUUGGGGAGUUUUUUGGGACGACGCCGGAGGCCGAAGCAGAGUGGCAGCAGUACAAAACCGGAGCCAAGAAAGCUCCCAUCCACACGUACAUCCUCGGAGCAGCGAGCCAGGAGACGGUGAAGAGUUUCCCCAGCGCCGAUGGCUGCGAGCUGGCCGACAACAUCACAUAUCUGGGUCGGCGCGGCGUGUUCACGGGCGUGUCGGGGUUACAGAUCGCCUACGUCAGCGGUCGGGAGGCCCUGCAGGAACCGGCCCCGGCUCACUGCUACACAUCCAAAGAUCUGUCGGCCCUCGUGGCCCCGCUGACCAGCAGCUCCAAGUUCAGAGGGGUGGACAUCCUGCUGACGUCACAGUGGCCCCGGGGCGUGUGGCACUAUGGAAACAACCCGGAAGUGAACACAAAGUUGUGUGGGAGCAGCUCCGUCGCCUCCCUGGCCGACAAGCUGAGACCACGAUACCACUUCGCUGCACUAGAGGGCGCUCACUACGAAAGACUCCCAUACAGGAACCAUGUCAUUCUCCAGGAAAAUGCCCAGCACGUCAGUCGCUUCAUAGCCCUGGCAACCGUCAACAACCCGCCAAGAAGAAGGUGCUGUUAUUUGUACGCCUUCAACAUAAUCCCCAUGAAGACCAUGGAUCCAUCGGAGCUGGUGAAGCAGCCGCAGGAUGUGACCGAAAACCCCUACAGAUGCCCCACGAAAGACAAGACGGACAAACUGAAGACGGGCUUCAGCACCACCGAGGAGGAGGAGGAGCCAGGCCAGCAGUUCUUCUUCGACCUGAGCAAGAAGCAGGGCGGCGGUUGUUUCCGGGGUCGCGGCAGGAAGAGACAAUCGGACGGAGACGGACGAGGACGAGACCAGCAACGUGACGGAGGAGACGAGCGUCACCAGGGACAUCCCAAGCAGCCCCGCAGGCCCCGUGAGUCCGACCAUUUGUUUUUACCGCUUGGGGUACACUGCUACCUGGCCCUGGCUAAAGGCAGCCUGACCCCCCACCACAUGCUGAUCCUGCCCAUCGGCCACUACCAGUCCGUGGUGGAGCUGAGCUCCGAGGUGGUGCUGGAGAUGGAGAAGUACAAGUCGGCCCUGAAGAGCUUCUACCAGAGCAGAGGGGAGCGCUGUGUGCUGUUUGAGAGGAAUUACAGAUGCCAACACCUGCAGCUGCAGGUCGUGCCGGUGCCGCUGGACCGCUGCACCACGGAGGACAUCAAGGAGGCGUUCAUGGUCCAGGCUCAGGAGCAACAGAUGGAGCUGAUGGAGAUUCCUCAACACACCGACCUCAAACAGAUUGCUCCUCCAGGGAAUCCGUACUUCUACGUGGAGUUGGACUCGGGGGAGAACCUCUACUACCGCAUCCAGAAACAUUUUCCCUUUUCCUUGCAGUUUGGAAGGAAAAAACAGUCGGUGCUGCUGAACAUCCCGACUCGAGCUGACUGGAGGGAGUGUAAACAGAGCAGAGAGGAGGAGGAGGAGAGCUGCAAACAGCUGAGAGACGAAUAGCCGUUUGACUUCGCCUGGGAAGACUAAUACCACACACACACA